AUGUUUGGGAUCCAGGACAAUCUUUCCCGCGGUGCAACUGCUAGUAUGAAGGAGGAGCCACUGACUGUUCGUUCCUGGAUGCACUCGGCCGGCGUGGUGGACGCCAACACAGCCGCUCAGAGCGGUGUGGGGUUAGCUCGUGCUCACUUUGAGAAACAACCACCAUCAAACCUGAGGAAGUCCAACUUCUUCCACUUUGUGUUGGCGCUGUACGACCGGCAGGGUCAGCCCGUUGAGAUUGAACGAACCGCCUAUGUCGACUUUGUCGAGAAAGAAAAGGAGCCGACGGGAGAAAAAACAAACAACGGGAUUCACUACAAACUACAGCUGCUCUACAGUAACGGAGUGAGGACGGAACAAGAUCUGUACGUCCGCCUGAUUGACUCCAUGACCAAACAGGCCAUCAUGUAUGAAGGUCAAGACAAGAACCCAGAGAUGUGCAGAGUUCUGCUCACACACGAGAUUAUGUGCAGUCGCUGCUGUGAUAAGAAGAGCUGUGGAAACCGAAACGAAACGCCGUCUGACCCCGUCAUCAUUGACAGGUUCUUCUUGAAGUUCUUUCUGAAGUGUAACCAGAACUGUCUGAAGAAUGCUGGAAACCCACGAGACAUGAGGAGGUUCCAGGUGGUGGUAUCAACAACUGUGAAUGUGGACGGCCAUGUUCUCGCUGUCUCCGACAACAUGUUCGUACACAACAAUUCCAAACAUGGCCGUCGAGCUCGCAGACUGGACCCAUCUGAAGCAGCCACGCCCUGUAUCAAGGCCAUCAGUCCCAGUGAAGGUUGGACAACUGGAGGAGCCACCGUCAUUCUCAUCGGAGACAAUUUCUUCGAUGGCCUGCAGGUCGUCUUCGGCACCAUGUUGGUGUGGAGUGAGUUGAUCACCCCCCACGCUAUCCGGGUUCAGACUCCUCCACGUCACAUUCCUGGGGUCGUUGAGGUCACGCUGUCCUAUAAGUCCAAACAGUUCUGUAAGGGAGCACCCGGGCGCUUCGUCUACACAGCGUUAAAUGAGCCCACAAUAGAUUACGGCUUCCAGAGGCUACAGAAGGUCAUCCCUCGUCACCCUGGAGACCCCGAGAGGCUUCCAAAGGAGGUGUUGCUGAAGAGAGCGGCUGACCUGGUGGAGGCGCUCUACGGAAUGCCUCAUAACAACCAGGAAAUAAUCCUGAAGCGAGCAGCAGACAUUGCUGAGGCGCUCUACAGUGUUCCCAGGAACCACAACCAGAUCCCAUCUCUGAGCAACACUGCCUCACAUGGCAUGAUGGGAGUAAAUUCCUUUGGCGGGCAGCUAGCUGUCAAUGUCUCUGAGACGACACAAGUUGGUUACAGUCGUAAUACCAGCAGUGUGUCACCACGAGGAUACGUGCCAAGCUCCACCCCCCAGCAGAGUAACUAUGGCAACACUGUUAGCAACAGCAUGAAUGGCUACGGCACCAAUGGGAUGCCAAACCUCGGGGUAUCGAGCUCACCGGGUUUCCUUAAUGGCUCGUCUGCAAACUCCCCUUAUGGCAUUGUCCCCUCCAGUCCAACCAUGGCCGUGUCUAAUUGUAACUCCUCCCAUGGAGUUUUCUCCUUUUCCUCUGCUGUCAAGCAGAAGAGCGCCUUUGCGCCUGUUGUCCGGACCCCUGCAUCACCACCUCCACCGCCAAACUGCUCUGCCAACAACACCAACGGGUUGCAAGCCAUGUCUGGCCUUGUUCCUCCAAUGUAAAAAUCCAAACAACCUUCUCCCUCGUUCCU